AUGUCGGAGCAGGAGUUCGCGGUGAGGGUGAACGACCAGUUGAAGUCGACGGAGCUGAGGCUGUGCGGCGCGCUCGGCAGGGACAAGAGGCAUGGUGUUCACAUGCGGGCUUUCUGGGCGUCGACAGUAUCUUUCUUCGUGGCGUUCGUGGGUUGGUUCGCCCUGAGCCCGAUCGCUAUCGAGGUGGUCCACAGCAUCGACGCUUGCGAAAACCAGCUCUUCCCACCGGUUGCGAACCCAGAGAGGAAAGCAUUCUUGAAGUUCAAGGCGACCGAGUCGGGGAAGAAGUAUUGCCAGUAUGGGAAGAUCGGAGAGGAUAACAAUCCGACUGGGUGCCAGGAUGUGCCGCAGGACGUUUGGGACGAGAGUUGUGGCGGGGUGGCGGCCACCGCGUGCACGCAGAGCGAGACGCUCACGGACGACGUCGAUCUGUGCCCCGAGGCAUGCAUGAAAUAUAAUUUCGAAGUCCUCCCUAAGUGCGUUUGCAGCCCGGGCACGCACUGCGGUUCGACGAUCCUGUAUUCAAGCAUCACGUCGGUCGGCAUCACGAUGUUUGUGCGCGUGGCGCUCGGCACCCUCCUCGAGAGGUUCGGCCGGGUCAAUGUGCAGUCUGGCCUCCUGCUCUUCGGAGCCAUCUGGGUCUUCGCCGCGUCGGGCAUCUCGGCAGAGUGGAACUUCAUCUUCAUCCGCAUGAUGAUCGGUUGCGCGGGGGCCACGUUCGUCACAAAUCAGUUCUGGUGCUCCCUCAUGUUCGCCCCGAACGUGGUGGGCACCGCCAACGCGACCGCAGCGGGGUGGGGCAACCUCGGCGGCGGCGUCACACAGAUUUUCAUCGUGUGGUGCCUGUUCAAGCCCUUCCAGGCGAUGGGCGCGAGCUCUGACACGGCUUGGCGCCUGUCCAUGGCCGUCCCCGGUUGCAUCUUCGUCGCGGUUGCCGUCAGCAUGAAGCUGUUUUGCUGGGACAUGCCAACGGGGCCCCGCUUCAAGACCAGCGACACGGGCAAGACAUCAAACGCGUCGAUGUGGGAUUACGUGGAGUGCCUGAAGGACCCCAGGAUCGUCAUUAUGAUCUUCCAGUACGGCGCCUGCUUUGGCACGGAGCUGGUCAUGAACGCGCAGCUGGCCACCCAUUUCCGCGUCUACUUCCAGCUGGAGGCUGGCGCUGCCUCCGCCCUGGCAGGCUCCUUCGGCCUGAUGAACUUGUUCGCGCGCUCAUUGGGCGGCAUCUUCAGCGAUUUUCUUUUCGCCUGA